UCCCUCACCCCGGUCUUUCUUUCCCAGGUGGGGAGGACAGCUCCGUCCGGUGUGCGAGGCGGCGGCGGGGACGGCGGGCUUGUGUGUGUGUGUGUGUGUGUGUGUGUGUGUGCCUGCUUCUGUGUAUGUGUGUGUGUCUGCCCGUGUGGAGGGGUCCUCGAGUAAAGUGCGGGUGUGCAGCAUCUCCCGCACGGCGGUGGGCUCCAGUGACUUGUUGCUGUUAGAUCAUUAAAAAUAAUAAUAAUCAUGAUAAUGGGGAAAGAGAAGGGCAAAAACGGCGUGGGAGAGGGGCGGCGGGAGCAGUUCGUGUACCGGGGGUUCGACGGGGCUCGCCCGGUCCGUUAGUCAGCGCCGGCCCCAACUGCCAUUUCCCUCAGCGCUCGCCGCCACCUGCGGCCCCGGGGGGCUGCGGCCUGACGCGGCGGCGGGAGGGAGGAGAGACGCAGGGUAUGUGCCAUUCCUGAGCGAGUUUCCCCGCCGGCUCAUCCCCGGGGCUGCCCGGUUCCACAUGCCCCACCUUGUAUGCCUGCCUACCUGGACUAGGGGGAAGAUAAGCACUGCACUUUGACUAUGGAAGCAGAGGCUGCUGAUGGAUAUAUAACAUGUGACAAUGAGUUUUCACCCGAAAGGGAGCACUCCGGCAUGGCCAUUGACCUCACCUCCAGCACACCCAAUGGGCAGCAUAUCUCUCCCUGUCACAUGGCAAGCACAAAUUCAGUAAAGCUAGAAAUGCAAAGUGAUGAUGAAUUUGACAGGAAGCCCCUGUGUCAGGAAGAUGAGAUCAGGGCUCAUGAUGAAGGAAGCAGCCUGGAAGAUCCUCUCACUGAGGGUAACGAGAUGAUGGAUAACAGAAAGAUCCAGGAGCUCUCAAGCGAGGGAGGAAUCCGGCUUCCGAAUGGUAAACUGAAAUGUGACGUCUGUGGCAUGAUUUGCAUUGGGCCCAAUGUGCUAAUGGUACAUAAAAGGAGCCACACUGGUGAACGCCCCUUCCACUGUAACCAAUGUGGAGCUUCUUUUACCCAGAAGGGGAACCUGCUGAGGCACAUCAAGUUGCACUCUGGGGAGAAACCAUUCAAAUGUCCCUUCUGCAGCUAUGCCUGCCGACGGAGGGACGCCCUCACAGGACACCUUAGGACGCACUCUGUGGGGAAGCCUCACAAGUGCAACUACUGCGGCCGGAGCUACAAGCAGCGCAGCUCACUGGAGGAGCACAAGGAACGCUGCCACAACUAUCUGCAGAAUGUCAGUAUGGAGGCUGCUGGGCAGGUCAUGAGUCACCAUGUACCUCCUAUGGAAGAUUGUAAGGAACAAGAGCCUGUGAUGGACAACAAUAUUUCUCUGGUGCCUUUUGAGAGACCUGCUGUUAUAGAGAAGCUGACAAGCAACAUGGGAAAGCGUAAAAGCUCCACCCCACAGAAGUUUGUGGGUGAAAAGCUCAUGAGAUUUGGCUAUCCAGAUAUUCCCUUUGAUAUGAACCUAACCUAUGAGAAGGAGGCUGAGCUGAUGCAGUCUCACAUGAUGGACCAAGCCAUCAACAAUGCAAUCACCUACCUUGGAGCUGAAGCACUUCACCCCCUGAUGCAGCACACACCAAGCACAAUUGCAGAGGUGGCCCCUGUCAUCAGCUCAGCUUAUGCUCAGGUCUAUCAUCCUAACAGGAUAGAAAGGCCCAUUAGCAGGGAAACAGCUGACAGUCAUGAGAACAACAUGGAUGGCCCGAUCUCCCUCAUCAGACCAAAGAGUCGAACCCAGGAUAGAGAGGGCUCCCCCAGCAAUAGCUGCCUGGAUUCUACUGACUCAGAGAGCAGCCACGAAGACCGCCAGUCCUACCAAGGAAACUCUGCCUUAAAUCCCAAAAGAAAGCCAAGCCCAGCUUAUAUGAAGGAGGACACCAAGGUUUUGGAUGCCACAAAAGCUUCUAAGGGCUCUUUAAAGGAUAUCUACAAAGUCAUCAACGGAGAAGGGGAGCAGAUUAGGGCUUUCAAGUGUGAGCACUGUCGCGUCCUUUUCCUGGACCAUGUCAUGUACACCAUCCACAUGGGCUGCCACGGCUACCGGGACCCACUAGAGUGCAACAUCUGUGGCUACCGAAGCCAGGACCGCUAUGAGUUCUCAUCGCACAUAGUCCGAGGAGAGCACACAUUCCACUAGGCCUUCUCAUCCAAAGGGGACUUGUAUGAAGUAGAAGAACUGCACAUGAAGAAAUACUGCACUUACAAUCCCACUUUUCCUCAGACAUUGAGACGCCUAUUUUGUUGUUGUUGCUGUUGUUGUUGUUGCUGUUGUUUAAUUAUUAUUAUUAUUAACCUUAUUUUUUUGUGGACCCAACCUCAUUUGCUCUGCCCAGCUUAAGAAUGGAAAGAAGAGAGGGAAGGGAUAAAAGAGGGGUUUGUUGUUGCCAUCACUUUUUGGUGAGUUGCCCACCUCACUUUCAGUGGGAAUUCAAAGGCAGCCUGUUUCUUUAUCAAUCAGCUGUACAUCAUGUCCUGUUUUGGGACAUCACUCACCCUGCUAAGUGCUUUAAAGUCCUGACAAGAUGCCACUCAUUUACAAUUUGAGGCGAAUAGAUAGAAACAUUUCAGAGGAGAGCCUUUUCCAAAUGUGUAGAUACAGUGCGGGGUUUCGAUGGCUGGAGGAGAGAGGAGGAUCUUUAUUCUGCAGGAUGAACAAUUAUUUUUAAAGCAAAACUGUUAGGGAUUUAGCAGCACUAAUGAAAGUCAAUGUUCCUUUCAAAAUUACUUUCUAGGGUGAACUGUUUUCCUGGGUUCAGUGUGUUUUGCCCCUCUAGAAUGUAAACUUAAAGAAAAAAAUGAAACCAAAAUGUAUGUCUUAACACUGUACCACAUUACAGCAGUUUAGUUUCAUAAGUCUGAGGGCCUUCUGUGGUAAGUCUGAGGCUUUGUAUUUUUAUUUUCCUUAACUUAUGAAGCACCUUUUUUAGAAUUGUUGAUUUGCUGUUACUCCAUGCCUAUGUAUUGAGUCACUGGCUUCUUAGAGACCCUUGGGAGCCUUACUUACUUAGUUGCACCCUGUGUUUUAAGGAAUAGCAUUUAGAAAUAAGUUUUACACUUGCUUCUAGGACAGUAACUGGGCUAGGAGUGGGUGAGAGAGUCUGUAGUUUACUCAAGAGGUUCUGCUGCUUUUCUGAAAUAAUUUUUUUUAAAAGUACGGAUUUGAAAAUGACAGAAGUCCUAAGUAGCAAAGUGUUCUUUAAAUAUAGGUAUAUAUAAAUAUAUAAUUAUAUAAUACUUUCUCAUUCUGCUAUCACAGUGUUAACAUCUUGGCAACAGCCUAAACUAAGACUUGUAGCUGGGAAAAAGAGGAACUGGAUCCUUAGCCAGCAUUAGUCCCCUUAGCCCCAUUGAAUUUAAUGGAACUACCCCAGCUGCUUCAGGAGCUGAACCUUUACCGUUUUUUCUCUCAUUGACAUCUUAUUUGCAAAUCUGCUGAACCAAUGAGUUCCUUUUGGUUUUAAGUCAUCAAUUCUACUUUAAUUUAGGGGUGGAAGUAUUUGCAGGUUUUGCUGCAUAGCCUUUGCUCUUGGAGAGCACAGAAUCCCUGCAAAUGAGCGGAUAGCACCUUCCCUGCUUCUUCAGGAAGUGAUGCAUGGAGUUGCAGGUGUUGUGCUUUGAUUUGGAUUUGCAGAUUUCAUUUUUAUUCCUAUUUUAUUAAUUUCACUGGGAAGUCAAAUGGAGAAACAGACUUCAGAGUAAGUCAUUGAACUAUAGACUGGACAAGAGCAAAAAAAACCAUAUCAGACCUCCAAUCCAUGUUGUUUCCUUUCUUUCUCUCCCAGUAAAUAACAAAGCCAGCAACCACCCAGCAAGUUGCAGGUUGCAUCAGUAAAAACUGGGCUUAAACCUACAUGACAGAUUGCCAUUGAAACCCAACUGUUUGUACCAAUCACAAUUGAAAUGUUGUUGUUUGGCAACAAGAACACAGCUUGAGAAUGGAAAGAUCUGCAUGGUUUUAACCCCCUCCAUGCACAUGGUCUCCAUGCGCUUGGUGAGACCUUUUCCAAAGUAUAGUUACUAAAGUGUAAAAGAGAGAGCAAGAUCAGGCCAUAAUGAAUUCCCAUCUGCUCACUUCAAUCUGCGCACUCGAUGCAUAUGCCAGUUUGCUGUUCGUUUUGAGGGUACUGGCUUUUUUCUUCUUCUCUUCCUAGACCUGGAGCAUUUGAAAGUAGGAGCUGAGUGGUAUUGAUUGAAAUCUUUUUAUGGUGACAUUCUUGGCAGCUAGAACCUGUGUUUAGAAAGGAUACAGUAGAUCAUGGCCAGAUUACCUGAUGACUGCUUCCCAGCACUGAAAUGCUAUUAAGUAGGAGCUGGUAAAGUCUUGCAGUAGCCUAUUAAUUAUAAUACAAUAUGGAGAGAAAUGUCAUCUUGUGUAAUGUGAGAGCUAUGAAGGCUGGGAAUAUACGGGCUUCGGAGAGACAGAUUUAAAGACCUAUUCCCAACAUUGUUCUUAAUGUCAUUGGAUUCCUACCCCUCCUUCUUUCUUCGUCCUAAUGUAGAGGAAAGUCAGGCAAAUGAAUCACUGCCAUCCUCCAGAUCAUUCUCAUUUUCUUGUGCAUGGUGCAAUCAAAGGAGCUUGUGCAGGAGAAAAAAGGGGAGAUGCUGGAAGGCAUCACUUUUAUUCCUGGCUGAUUCUCUGCAGCCAUGAAGAUUGGCUUAGGAGGCAGCUGGCUGUGUUCUGCAUCAGGAUGUGCUUGGAAAUUCAGAAAAGAGGGGUUGCUUUUUGAGGUGGGAAAAGUCAUCUCAGAACAAUGUGCAAAGGGAGAGCUGCUGGGCCGGAAGUUCAGUCAGCUUGCAUGGACCUCCAGGAAGACAUGUGCCUGAGCCAGAGAAAAGGAUUGCCGGCAAUCCCUUUCAGUCUCUGGGGGACAACAUUCUAUUCUCCCCUCUGUGGUCAGUAGAAAGACCACAGGCUAUGGUUUCUUGGAAUGGUUAGCACUAGGGAAAAAACGUUAACAACUUCUGCCUGUGUUUAGGAAAGCACCAGAAUACAGGAAAGGCAGAGAAUAAUCUCUUGUAUAUCCACAAGUAAGUUGGCUGCAAUUACAUCUGCAGUUUGUUAGUGUGCACUUUCAUUCAUUGAUGAUUCAUUGAUACCUCCUGUAGUGUAUAUUCUGUAAGUGUUUAAAAUACCAAACAGGGAGGCUCAGUGGUUUUGUAGCUGGCUUCAGUUAAGCUCAACUUCUUGUUCCAAUGGUAGUAUGUGAGAUAUGUAGCUGAGCACCCUAUGUCCCAUUAUCAUAGGCACAGAGAACUGGGGAGUUAGUGAGAAGAGACACUGGUUUAGUUAUCUUCCAAAAACUGCAUCUUUUGGAGAACAAGAAGGUGAGGGGUUGCAUUAAAUCAAUGUCCUUUUCUGAAGACUCAGUCAAGUUUUUCACCCUAGAGCUAGGGAAAAAAAGAUUAAAUCCUAGUUCAAUGUUUGAACAGCGUUUUGGGCUAGCAUUGAUUUUAGUAUUUGCUUACUACUGAAAAUCACUGGAGGGUUUUAUCUCAAGCAGUUUUCCCUACACAGAAGUGUGCAAAAUGAGGCCUCAGAGAUUUUUAUUUUUUUCCGCUUGCUUGUUCUCUGCAGAUUUCUAAGAAAAGCUCUUGAGUUUUGUCAAGUUCAUUAGUCAUUCAAGAGUCUACUAGGAAUUUCAGUAGAUGAUCCUUGGCCUGCGGAUCCAUUUGUUCUAAGUAUUUGGUGUUGGAAAUCGAACCUGGCUAAUUUUUAUUGGGCUCUCAUGAAACUCUUGGAAUCAGGUUUCCAGUUAAAAACAUGCAUUUGCAAAUUCUUCUGAACAUUCCCCAUUUUCAUAAAAAAAAAAAAAGCCAUUUCUGCACACAUCCCUGCCAGUAAACCCUUUCGCUUCAUUUUACAUCAAAAAUGACGAGAUUCUGACUCAACUUAGAGUAUUACAAGCCUAUUAAUUUCUAUAGAAGUGUGACUGCUUAUUCUGCUCUUGGUAUGAUCCAUAUUCUUGGAGCAAAGGGCAUUAUCUAUGUAUCUGCUGUUCGGGCAAAUGAAUUUUACAGCCACCUCUUUGCAGUCAGUUAUGAGUGCACAUCAAAAUAUAUAGCAUUUUCAGUAAAGCCAGCUCUUUACUCGGUAACUUCUGGGAUUAAAACAGUUUUGUUCUCCUUAAGAAGUGCUUCCAUCUAUGAUGUGAAAUGUGUUUAGGCAUUAACCUCUAUUGCUCUGUGUUAGGGAGAAAGAAUCAAAAUCUGUUAAUUGGCCUAAUUUUUUAAUGGUGGGAGUUUCUACCAUGUGACGUAGAAACAAACGGCCAUGUGGAACUGAAGUAUGUUUACUGCAAGGGGAAGAAAUUCUCAAUUUCAGGAGUUCCCAAAUUUCUUUCUGUUUACAAGGGCAUUCCUAAGUUGGGGCUCUCAGGCAGAAGAGGAGGCCAGGAAUUAAACAAACCCUUCAAAACUGGCUCUUUAUAGGACAUUAUUACCGUUGCCUAGGUCCUGUGUUUGCUCUUUCGUAUUUGAAAAAAGCCAGACAUCAGACACUCCUUCCUCCAGAAAGAAACUUUGGAGAUCAUUUAGGGAAAGGUGCCAAGGACAGGAGCCACAGUAAUACAGUUCCUUUGAUAGAUAAUAUUCCUUUCCUUUACUCUUGCUGUGUAUUAUAACGUGAUGAGGAGGGGCAAAGGAGGCUGCUCUGACAUCAGAGUUGCCUAAACUCAGUGUGGGAUUUGAGGAAAAGUGUGAUAUAAUUGGCGUUGAUGCCAGAAAUUGGUGUCUUAGCUUGGCUUAGUAUCAAUUAAAAACAAAAAUGGAUGGCAGUCAUGUCCUGCAGUCUAGGGCAGCUGGAGAUUUUGAGAAAGUGUAUUUAUAUAUAUAUGGUAUCAUAUAAUUAGAUAUAUGCUUUAUUGUAAAUGUGCCUUUUUCAAAUGCAUUUUGAAAGUUUGUGAUGUCAUUCACGAUAUCCUACUAUACCCUUUCAGAAUGCACGACAAAAAACAACCCAAAGUAAACAUCCCUUCUGCUAUGGUGUAGCGAAGUAGAUCCCUCUCCCCUUUGGCACCCUCCUUGGCAGCUUGACCCAGAGGGAGGACCAUCUUUGUACUUUGCUGUGAGACUUCCUGGAGUUUGAUGGCUUUUAGGAGUGGGAAGGGCUAAAAAUUGCCCGGGCAAAGUGCAUUCCAGCUACCCAGCCAGAGCUGGUCCUAACCCACACAGCAUCCCCAGCUCACAGUGCCCUACAGAGUGCAAGGGCAGCACUACCUUGUUCUCCCCCUCCCGAGAUUUAAGUAAAGCAUGCUUGAAAACAGACUUUGCUGUGCUUUUAAGAUCCUACUGAGGAGUGGACUUUAAAGCAUCUCCUACUUGCUUCAGCCUGGAAAAAGAAAUCUAUCGGAACAAAAGUCCUUUGGAAAUGCCUUGUAAGUUUGAUUGUCAUGGUGCUGCCACCCUGAUGAUUGAUGCGGAGGUGAGAGAAGCCCAUCUGUAGAAGAUGCUAUGGGGGUUUAUUAGCUAGAACACUUGGGUGAGAAGUGCAGCAUUUGUUUUGGUGCUUUCCUGGCAGGUUGGUGACCUAGUUUCAGAUAUAGUUAUUUACCCUGCACGGGUGCAGUAUCUAAGUGUGCCAACACAGGCACAGCAUGAACCUGGCAGGGGAGGUGACUAGGUGAGGGUGCUUUGGGUCAGGCCCUGACUCCAUUGCCAGCUCCUCGGCACCUCUCUGCUGGGGUCUGGGCCUGUGGCAGUCACAGAGAGUAUAUGGGAGGAGGAACUAGGUAGAAAAGAUCCAGAAUUUGGUUCAUCGUAAAUAUAUUCCCUUUAUCCCGUUAAGAAUUGUCCUGAAGUAUAAGCCAAGGAGAACGUUACUGGUUUCUGUUUAGCCUCUAACCUAAAAGCAUGUGAAUAUGUCCUUCUCCACUGAAACUCUCAAGUGAACAGGGAACAGUCAGGAGGAGGUUGUGUGCUGACAUCUUGCCAUGCUGAACACUUAACAGGCUAAGAUAAUAAAACUGGUACCUGAAUCACCUAGCUUUUCCAGCCUUUGGAAUGGUGGUUGUCAGUAUGCUCACUUGGAUCUUCAUUCGGGAAGAUAACUGCCUGUGUUCUCUCCUCUUG